UCCGCAGAUGUGGACGCGCAAGAACUCACGAAAUGCACACAUCAAUGGGCAGAAUCGAAGUAAACAACCGACCUUGUAAGAGCUCCACAAGGAACGGGCAAAAUCCAUAAACCACAAUUCUUGGUUUUCCCAUCCCCAACCCUACUUCUUGUCACCCUCUCUGUCUCACUCUUUUCUUGAUGCUUCAGUUUGAACAAACACCCACCACAAACGUAGAUAUCGAAGUCCAUAAAAACCUCUCUAAUCACACCCGCACAAUAAUUCCACAUUCAGUGAAAGCUGGCGCAAGUAGAGUAAGUGUGAACUGAUCCCCCACAUUGUUUCUCAAACGCCUAUAUGUAGUACAUACCGUUUAAGUACCCACACGGUAAUAUCACUUCCACCCUUUUCUCUUUUUCCUCUUUUAUCCCCAUUUUACAUGUUGUUUCCAUAUUUGCCAAGGAAUUGGAACAUCAAGUUUUGAUUUUGUUCAAGGGUUUUCUGUUCCUGAGAGGAACUGCUUUUUUGGGAAGUACCAAUUUGGUGAGGGGUUGAGUUUGGUGGGUCUGGAAUCUGGCUACUAUAUGCAUGUGUGUUGUGAUUCUUGAUGAAAAUCAAUUACCCAUAUGGCAAAACCAAACUUCCUUCGCGUCAUCAUUGCCGUUAUGAGACGCAAUUUCUGUGUUAUGGUUUUGCCACUGGGAGAAGUAUUGAUAUGAGGUGCUACGGGGACUUGAUGUUAUGAAAACAUAAUGCCCAGAAGCCGAAUUUGAUUGAAAGUUUAGGUAAAGAUGCAAUCGAGGUUGAUGGCAUUGGAGGAAGGCAAGAACCCUACCACUACACUGAGAACAAAUCAAUCCAGGACUUUACCUUUGAGACUCCUCCAAUGGUUCUUGUUAUUUUUGGUUCUGGGUUUUGGAGUUCCGAUUGUUAGCAUGUAUAUGAUUCGAUAUUUUAAGGCUGCGAAUGUUUCUUGGAUAGCACCGUCCACUCUUAGGCCUUGCUUUGAAGAGCCAAGUACAAUAGAGAGUUGGAUUAGGCCUCCAUCAAAUCCCUUGCACAUCAUGAAUGACACUGAACUGUUGUGGCAGGCUUCCUUUGUUCCUCGAAUAAAAUCUUAUCCGUUCGUGAGAGCUCCCAAGAUUGCCUUCAUGUUCUUGGCAAAGGGGCCAUUGCCAAUGGCACCUCUCUGGGAGCGGUUCUUUAAGGGGCAUGAAGGGCUUUAUUCAAUCUAUGCUCAUACACUGCCAUCUUACAAUGACAGCUUUUCAACGGCAUCAGUUUUUUACGGGAGACAAAUCCCAAGCCAGGUAGCAGAGUGGGGAAGAAUGAGUAUGUGUGAUGCUGAGAGGAGACUCCUAGCUAAUGCAUUGCUUGAUAUCUCAAAUGAAUGGUUUAUCCUCCUGUCUGAGUCAUGCAUUCCUCUCCACAACUUCAGCAUUGUUUUUCGCUACAUAUCAAGAUCCAGAUACAGCUUUAUGGGUUCAUUUGAUGAACUUGGACCCUAUGGGAGAGGGCGCUACAAUCAAAACAUGGCGCCCGAGGUCAACCUCACGGACUGGCGUAAAGGGUCUCAGUGGUUUGAAAUUAAUCGGGAACUUGCAGUUAAGAUAGUUGAAGACACCACUUACUAUCCCUUGUUCAAAGAGUUCUGCCAACCAGCAUGUUAUGUAGAUGAGCACUACUUCCAGACAAUGCUGAGCAUCCAAACUCCACAUCUUUUGGCAAACAGGACCCUUACGUAUGUGGACUGGUCAAGAGGUGGUGCUCACCCUGCUACAUUUGGGAAGGCUGAUAUUAAAGAGGAUUUUUUCAAGAAGAUAUUUGAAAGUAAGACCUGCCUAUACAAUGAUCAGCCAUCUUCACUUUGUUUCCUUUUUGCAAGAAAGUUGGCUCCAAGUGCUUUGGAUCCUCUGUUGGAAUUAUCAUCCAAAGUUCUAGGCUUUUGACAUAAUGCUAUUUGGGGCAUGUCAGUUUAGUAAUGAGGUAAAUCCACUUGGUCUGAUGUGAUUGAUCUCUAGUUACUCCUUCACAAGAUUUUGAAACUUCAAUAUUACUGUAUUCAGAUAUAUAGAGAAUUAGAACCUGAAAUUAGCAUCUAAUUCGAGCUCAGGCAGAGUACUGAAUAUUAUAUUUUAUUGGUUGUCAGCCGAUUAAUAAUAAUGCUAUACAUUGUAGCAGUAUUAAAUAAAUCUUGCAACCUCCUUUCUGGUAGGAUGCCUUUUCAUCUUUCCA